AUGAGUCGAGAACAGCGCGAGAUCGCGACGGCGUUCCUCGCGCAUCUUCGUCAGCUCUCCACACCUCAUUUCCCCAGCAGCCGAGACGGGUUUGACGUGGAGAUGGAUGAGCUCCGCAGCGUAGACCACCGUCUGCGGAGCAACGUGGACGAGUUCUACACCGCCUCCCUCGCGACGAGUGUGGCUAAAAAUCGCUUUGUCGAGGUGCGGGCAAACGAGGGAACCCGCGUGCAUCUUCGUCCGCUGAUGGAGGAGGAACAUGAGACGUACAUCAACGCCAACUACGUGGAUGGGCGGGCGUUGCUUGAUGUUCCUUUUGCGUACAUCGCCACGCAGGCCCCGCUUCGGAACACCAUACUUGACUUUUGGCGCAUGGUGUUUGAAGAUGAGGUGGCCUUUAUUGUCAUGCUUUGCGGGGAGCUGGAGGAGGGAAAGGUAAAGAGCGAGACGUACUGGCCGCGGGAAGGGGGUGUGCUUGACUUUGGCGUCCUGCAGAUAACAUCACUGAGUGAAGAGCGAAGAUCGGACUUGGUGUUUCGUGCGUUUCUGCUACGCAAUUCACAUGGGAAAGAGCGCGAGGUGUACCACAUGCAGUACACGGGCUGGCCUGAUCAAGGCAUCCCUGUCACAAGUGCUCCACUCAUGGAAAUCAUUCAAACCAUGGGAAAUUCGGAGCUCAGCGUGCAGGCUCCGAUUGUUGUGCAUUGUUCUGGCGGCAUCGGUCGUACAGGCGUGUUUAUUGCCCUGCACGUGGCACUUGCCCAAUUUCAACUUGAGCGGAGAGACUUGGACAUACAGAGGAUUGUUCACGUUUUGAAGCUCUGUCGCACCGGAAUGGUGCAGCGCAAAGAUCAAUAUGUCUUCCUUUACUAUGGCGUACUGCGUGAGAUGGAUCGCAUGAUUAUGUCGGCUGAAAAGGGGGUGAACUUGCUGAACCUGCGCCGUCGCGAGACCGCCGCGAUCAAGCAAGCUUUGCCCCGACCGGUCACACACGCGGCACCACAGCCUUUCCCAGCUUCUUCCAAGCCCACGCGGACGGCGGCCCAAGUGCCACUGCAGCUUGUCAACCCUCACACCACGUUUGCGGCAGCGCUUCGGCUGCCGUCGACGCGGGCCCCCGGCCCCAUGCCUCGCAGGAUUUUUCCCAACGCCCCGCCUCAGCCCCCCUCCGACCUCACAGAGGCCCAGCAAAUUCUCUUGGAGAGUUACUUGAGACGACGCGCGCGGUCCUCGGAGCCGCCGGCGGGCCGCAACAAUCAGCUUCCCGACUUGAACUGGGAAGCGCCGACACGAGUAGAGCCCAAAACGGGCGGCGACGGCGCCCGAACGGCAUACCACGCCGAUGUCGAGGACAGUCGCGCGCGGCGGCCUGACCUUGGAAGAGCAGCUGCGACACUGGCAAUCAAGAAAUAG